AUGAGGAGUAUGAUCGAUGGAGGUGUGUGGAAGAACACCGAAGAUGAGAUUCUCGAAGCCGCCGUGAUGAAGUAUGGUAAGAACGAAUGGGCUCGGAUCUCGACUCUUCUCGUUCGUAAAUCGGCCGAACAGUGUGAAGCUCGCUGGUACGAGUGGCUCGAUCCUUCUUCUAUCAAAAAGACUGAAUGGAGCAGAGAAGAAGAUGAGAAGCUUCUACAUCUUGCAAAACCUUUGUCUACUCAGUGGAGAACUAUUGCUCCUAUUGUGGGAUUUACACCAUCUCAAUGCCUUGAAAGGUAUGAAAAGCUCCUUGAUGCAGCAUGUACUAAAGACAAGCAUCCACAUCCUCGUGAGAUUGAUCCAAAUCCAGAAUCAAAGCUUACACGUCCUGAUCCUUGA